AUGAUGCGCUUAUUUUCAUCCACGGCCUUCGUUGUCACAAUUUUGACAACCUUCAAUCUCCAAACUACCUACGCCCGCGCCACUCCGCUGUCUUUAGACUUGUCGACGCUCGCGCCCCGGGAUACCCUAUCAGAUCAUGGAUCCAGCUGCACAGCCUGGAAAGAAGAACAACCUAACGGCUAUUUCAGAUUGAAAAUGAAGUGUGACAAGAUUGGCCGAGGUCUCAAGGUCUGUGGUUCCGGGUCAUAUGCAAACUACGGCUUCUCCACUGAUUAUGUCGACAACAAUAACUUAGGAGUGGUUGUCCAGAGUCCAGCAUAUAACUCGGAUGCCUCCCUUGAGAAACUCAAUUUUAGAUACGCUUUCUCAUCCUCAGGCAACUCGGAUAUGGGAAGCUGUGAUUCUAAUCUCGUUGAAGUCGAACAUACCAUUAAAAAUGGCUGGUACAACUCAAUGACCUGUACCAAUAUCAGCCCAUACCUCAAGGUCCGCGCCGUGCUGGACUUGCCCGGCGCAUUCAAUCAGUAUUCGGAGUGGAUCAAUAACCCUGGUACAGUCCAGACUUUGGAGCGAGAAUCGUGGUUUGGCAGACCCAGUGCCUACGCUGAAUGGAAGCUUAGGGACGAAUAA